AUGGCUUACAAAAGAUUUAGAUUAAAAUACUUGCUCUUAGAAGAAGUAGAUUAUGAAAUGAGAAUUCGUAGAAUUGCCUCUGGUAACAAAAAUGUAGUGGAGAAAAGGACGCGUAGAAUGAUAAUCGCUGAGGGUGAUGUUGACGGUGAAGAUUUUAAAAAGGAAACUGUUGCUGAGUUAAUUAGUCUAGAGGCUGAAAAAAAAACUCAGGACAAGCCCCAGCAAGUUGCUUCUUCUACCCCUACUCAUUCUCUUCCUAAUAAUGUUUUUGACAUAACAACAUAUCCAAGCACUAGUAGUAAAUCUUUUCCAAUAUAUAAAUUAAAUAUUACAUUUGUUGAAAGAAUUUCAGAGUCUAGAGGUAUAGGAAAGAAUGAGCUUAUUAAAUCAGCUAUUGAACCAUUUUCUGAGGAUGCUAUUUAUUGGUACCGAAGUACAUCGAAUUUCGUAAGCUCAACGGCACAAGAAUCCGCAGAAUCGACACAGGGUAAAUCGAAAUUGAUCGAUGGACUUCCGGGAAAACCUCAGAAGCCGUAUUUUGACGAUAUCGGACCUAAAAAUGUCACAGCAGUUGUGGGCCAGUCGGCUUUGUUAAAUUGUAGAGUGAAACAUCCAGGCGACAGAACGGUUUCCUGGAUACGAAAACGCGACCUCCAUAUUCUCACGUCGAGCAUACACACGUACACCGGAGAUGGACGAUUUAGUGUGCGACAUCCCGAACACAGCGACGACUGGGAUUUGAGAAUAGAGUACGUCCAGAAAAGGGACGCUGGAGUUUUCGAAUGUCAAGUGAACACGGAGCCCAAGAUUAGUUUGCCUAUUAUGUUAAAUGUUGACGAUGCUCAAGCAAGUAUUGCUGGACCUCCGGAAAUAUACGUGAAAAAAGGCAGCACCAUAUCGUUAACUUGUACAGUAAAUGUUCAUUCUACACCACCAUCAUCUGUAUUAUGGUAUCAUGGUCAUGCAGUCGUAGACUUCGAUUCGCCCAGAGGCGGAAUCAGUCUAGAAACCGAAAAAACCGAAGCAGGUACAACUAGUAAACUUCUAGUGACCAAAGCGCUACUUUCCGAUACUGGCAACUACACUUGCAUGCCGUCCAAUGCCAGCCCUGCGUCGGCUGUUGUCCACGUCCUCAACGGUGCUGUGCAGGUGGCCAGUCAGGCCAGUGAUGUACUGUCCUCAGCGGCAGAUCUCUUGUGGUUGUAUGGGAAAUGUUUAAACUCUCCAAAUGUACCUGGUUGGAACGGUUUUAUGCAGCUGCAGACAUUUUAUAUGGAUUUCGAAAUCACAAAAGUUGUGUAUCUACCGUUCAUUCAAGCUUCACCAACAGAUUACGACACUAUUUUGAUAGAGCUUAUAGAGGCCAGCAAGAGAACAGCAGUUCAUUCUCACACAAUUGCUUCCAUCUUCCAAUUGGUACUUUCUAAUAAUGGAGAACCAAUAGAACAGCAAAUGUGCAUUUGUCCAUUGAAUCUCCAGCCGCUUUGUGGUUCCGAUGGUGUCACUUAUGGGAAUCAGUGUCAGUUUGACUGUGAAGUUACCAAAUUACGUACCAGAGGACUUGGAGAGAGUUUGAGCAUAGUUAGAGAAGGAUCAUGUCAAGAAUUAUAA